UACAUCUCAGUGUUUGAAGUUUAAAACUGUAACUACGCCAAAAGUGAAUAGAAGAAUUAACCUAAAUCUAAAAAUAGCUUGCGAAUAUAUAAUAUAACUACUCCCUCCGUCCCAAUUUGCGGGUUUGACUGAGCAUGACUUUUGAGUCUUGUGAUGUAAAACAAUUUUUUUGCGGCUCAAAAUAAUUUCAUUAGCAAUUUUAUAAUUAAAUUGUUACUAAAUAUAGAAAGAUAUUAUUUUUUUGAUCAACUAAAAAGGAAAGUGUUUCAUAUAAAUUGGAAUAGAGAGUGUAUGUGUGAUCUAUAGAUAAUGUGUAUAAUCAGUGAAUAAUCUAUGUAUAUUGGUCGGACAAAGUAAACAGUGAAGCCUGCCACACUCUUUACAGAUAUGCCUGAUUGGUCGGAGCUUCAACAUGAUCUACUGGUUCUAAUAGUUAGACGUUUAAAUUUGAUUGAAGACUACCUUAAUUUCGGCACUGUCUGCAAAUCAUGGCACUUUGUGGCCACCAAGGAAAACUUUAACAGUAACUUGCCUAGGGUUCCAUGGCUAAUGCUAGCUGAGGAAGAGUAUGAUAACACCUGUAGAAAAUUCUUCAGUCUUUGUAAUGGCAUGAUUUUGAAGAAGCGGAUUCCUAAAGCGAGUGGAAAACGAUGUAUGGAAUCUAUGGGAUGGCUUAUCACAGUUGGAAAAGAUGAGGGUGAAAUCAGUCUGUUACAUCCCUUCUCCGGUGUUCAAAUCCAAUUGCCCCAUCAAAAUACCACCGAACAUUAUGAAUUCAACCAGACUCCCGUUCCAUGGACCUUUGUCCAGAAAGCAGUUCUGUCAGGCAAUCCUUGUCAUACAUCUGAUUAUGUUCUCAUGGUCAUUGAGGGACACUACCAAUUCCUCAGUUUCUGGAGACCAGGAGACUUGUUAUGGACCAGGAUUAGGAAACCGGCCUAUUUCCCACAUAUUAGUGAUGUGGUAUAUUUCAGUGGCCACUUUUAUGCAGUCAGUUAUAAUGGGUGCGUGCAAGUUUGUGCUGUUGUUGGCAAUGAAUCCACUAAAAGUCGCAUCAUAGCACACCUAGCACCAUGGAUUGAUGGCAAGUAUUACAUCCUAGAAUCACUAGGAUCAUUAUUUGUAGUUUCGCAAGAUGGUGUUGAUAUAAGAUACGUCAAAGAUGACCGCGAAAGGAUUCCCCUGACGCACAUCCAAGGUGAAGAUGAUGAGGAGGAGAAGAUGUACACGUACAAGACAAGAAAUUUUCUGGUUUUUCAGAUCGAUUUAGAUACUUGCAAAACUACGCUAACCAGGGAUUUAGGGGACAGAGCUUUUUUCCUGGGCGCUAAUGCUUCUCUUUCAGUCCAAGCUUCUCAAUUUCCAGGAAUCAAGCCCAAUCAUAUUUAUUUUACUGAUAAUUGUUUGGGUGCAUACCUCCACUUUGAAGAAGGAGGCGGUUUGGACAUGGGGGUGUUCAACUUAGCAGAUGGCAGUAUCCAGCCACAUUAUGAUGGUGUUUCUCUCAGUCGUGUUUGUCCUCCAAUUUGGGUCACACCAACUCCGUGUUGAGCUUCAGUGGUAUGAAAUGAUCAUGAUGCCUCCUGGGUGGUAGAGAUUUUGGCUCAAUGAACACAUCAACAAAUGCCUCCAAUGCAUUACUGAUAUCAGCAGGUGCAACCAUUUGAUUUUUCCUGUUGCCAACAGUGCAAGAUCCACUCGUUUGCCCAACAGUUGUUUGAGCUUGAGCCCUAGGUGGACUGCCCAGUAUCCCAUCAUGAACUGUCAUGAAUCUCUUCAUCAUCAUAUCAGAGUUUCAGGGAGAAUGGUGAAACUGCGAGAGAUGCUUGAUUGGUCGGAACUUCAACAUGAACUGCUGGUUCUAAUAGUUAGACGCGUAAAUUUGAUUGAAGACUACCUUAAUUUUAGGACAGUCUGCAAAUCGUGCAACACUGUGGCCACGAAGGACAGUUUUAACAGUGACCUGCCUAGGGUUCCAUGGCUAAUGCUAGCUGAGGAAAAGGAUGACAACACUUGUAGGAAAUUCUUCAGUCUCUAUAAUGGCAUGAUUUUGAAGAAGCGGAUUCCUAAGCGAGUGGAAAACGCUGUAUGGAGUCUAGGGGAUGGCUUAUCACAGUCGGAAAAGAUGAGGGUGAAAUUAAUCUGCUACACCCCUUCUCCGGUGUUCAGAUUGAGUUGCCCCAUCAAAAUACCACCAAACAUUAUGAGACCUUCGCGACGGAAGAGCCAUGGACUUUUGUCGAGAAAGCAGUUCUGUCAGCUAAUCCUUCUCAUACAUCUGACUAUAUUCUCAUGGUCAUUGUGGGACGCUUCGAGUUCCUUAGCAUCUGGAGACCAGGAGAUUUGUUUUGGACAAGGAUUGGGAAGAAAUCGACCUACUACAAACCGAUUAGUGAUGUGGUAUGUUUCAAUGGCCACUUUUAUGUGGUCGGUUAUGACGGUUGUGUCCAAGUUUGUGAUGUUGAUGGCCCCGAACCCACAAAAAGUCAUAUCAUAGUGAAACUAGCACCGGGGAGAAAGUAUUAUAGGCUAGAGUCACUAGGAUAAUUAUUUGUAGUUUCGCAAGAUGGUGUUGGUAUAAGGCACGUCAGAGAUGAUCGCGGAAGGAUUCCAGUGACAUUCAACCUAGGUGAAGAAUGUGGGAUGAAGACGUAUGGCACAAGAUAUUUUCUUGUUUUCCAGAUUGAUUUAGAUGCUUGCAAAGCUACGCCAACCAGUGAUUUAGGGGACACAGCUUUUUUCCUGGGCGCUAAUGCUUCUCUUUCGGUCCAAGCUUCUCAAUUUCCGGGAAUCAAGCCCAAUCAUAUUUAUUUUACAGAUAUUUGUUUGGAUGGAUACAUUAAGUCUAAAGAAGGAGGCGGCUUGGACAUGGGGAUGUUCAACUUAGCAGUGGUUGUAUACAGCCACAUUAUAUUGGUGUUUCCCUCAGUCAUGUUUGUCCACCAAUUUGGGUUACACCAACUCUGUGUUGAGCAUACGUCGAUUCAUCGAAGCCAGUUACGUCUGCUGAUGUUCAUAAGAUUUUUGAGAAUCUUGCCCAAAAGCGCCUGCACAUGACUUAACGUACAAUGGAUGUUCAAGAAUGUAGCUUAAAUGCAGCUACACAUCUACUGUUUGUUAGUUUUGCUGCUGAAAACUAAAGACACUAGUAUUUUAACUGAUCUAUGUACAAGGGGAAUUGUUGAUGUUGCUCUACUACUAUAUCUAACUUUAUCUUAUAUUAUAUAUAUGUAGUCUAUAGUGAGACAACGCAGUCAUGGUUGUGCCCACUCACAAUCUGCUAAUCUUUAUCUGAACUUACUCUUCGGGGUCAUUUGCACGA